AUGAUAGAGGACAAAUAUGUUGGUCUGGCCUUGGCCAUCACUUCAACCUUAGCAAUAGGUGAGGCAGUUUCGAUUCGUGGUAUUCGCAAAAGGUUGACCAUUGUCUUCAUAGGAACGAGCUUUGUCAUUACCAAGAAGGGCCUCAACGAUGCAGCUGAUAAGCAUGGCUUCGAGGGGGAAGGAUACGCAUAUUUGAAGAUGCCGCUAUGGUGGGCAGGAAUAACAACAUUGGUUCUGGGAGAGAUCUCGAACUUUGCUGCAUACGCUUUUGCGCCCGCUAUACUUGUCACACCCUUGGGUGCAUUGAGUGUCCUCAUCGGAGCCGUACUUGGUGCGUACUUCCUCAAAGAAGAGCUUGGUACGCUGGGGAAGCUGGGCUGCGCAAUUUGCCUCCUGGGCUCUGUGAUUAUUGUGCUCCAUGCUCCUCCAGACGAAAAGAUCGAGAAUGUUGGUGAAAUUCUGGAUCAUGCCCUCCGACCAGGAUUCGUUAUAUAUUGUCUUGCUGUAAUCGCAUUUUCCAUCGUUAUGAUCUAUAGGGUGGCUCCCAAAUACGGCAAGAAGAACCCCCUAAUAUACUUAUCCAUUUGCUCAACGGUGGGGUCCGUCUCAGUCAUGUCUGUCAAGGCAUUCGGGAUUGCCCUCAAACUCACUUUGAAUGGCAACAACCAGUUCAAAUUUCCCUCGACGUAUGUAUUCAUGAUCGUCACCGCAGUGGCCAUCAUGACUCAGAUGAACUAUUUCAACAAGGCUCUGAGCCAGUUCUCGACGUCGAUUGUUAAUCCCCUCUACUACGUCACCUUCACUACCGCCACGCUCUGUGCAUCUUUCAUUCUUUUCCAAGGAUUCAAUACGGUGGAUGCUGUCAACACAAUUUCUUUAUUGUGCGGAUUUCUCGUCAUCUUUGCGGGAGUCUAUCUCUUAAACCUUGCCCGCGGAGACCCUGACGGCCAUCAGAUGAUGAAUGGCAAAAUGAUCGGCGACGAGGGCAUCCCUACAGAUCCUGUGGCCAGCUUGCAGACAAGACGGAGCAUGCAGGCAAGAAGGAGCAGCGCCGACCCACAUCGAAGGAGCAGUAGUCUGAAUUUCAACGUGGGCGAAGGGGGAAGUAGAGAGAGUGACGGUCUGAUACACAACUAUGAUGUUGAGCAUAGCGCCUUUGGCCUCACAGAUUUAGAGGAGGAAUCAGAUGGGAAUGGAGAGGCCAGCCAGCGGCAGAAUGACGAUGAUCGACUACACACGUUUCAACGAUCUCAGAAGCUUACGAACCGGUGA